GUCCCUUCCCAUUUAGCGCCCUUCUUUCUGCUUCUCAUCAAACCGCAAAAGCACUUUGUUCUGUAAAGCGAUUCAGACCCUAAGCGGGGGAGAAGAAGAUGUUCUUCCACAUAGUCUUGGAGCGAAAUAUGCAGCUCCACCCGCGCCACUUCGGCCGGGAUCUCCGGGAUAAGCUCGUCGCCAAGCUCAUGAGAGACGUCGAGGGCACUUGCAGCGGGAGGCACGGUUUCAUCGUUGCGAUCACAGGCAUUGAGAGCGUCGGCAAAGGUCUUAUUCGGGACGGCACAGGGUUUGUCUCCUUCCCGGUGAAGUAUCAGUGUGUUGUGUUCCGGCCUUUUAAAGGGGAGAUUCUUGAAGCUGUUGUUACUAUGGUUAACAAGAUGGGAUUCUUUGCAGAAGCUGGUCCUGUGCAGAUUUUUGUCUCCAAUCAUUUAAUUCCUGAUGACAUGGAGUUUCAAUCUGGAGAUGUGCCGAAUUACACAACAUCAGAUGCAUCAGUUAAGAUCCAGAAGGAGAGCGAAGUCCGGUUGAAGAUUAUUGGAACUCGAGUUGAUGCUACAGAAAUUUUUUGUAUUGGCACAAUAAAGGAUGAUUUCCUGGGUGUCAUCAGUGAUCCUACCGCAGCUGCUUGACUUCCUACUUAACCUGGAGAAACCAAAGGGGUUUUGUUGCACUCAAGAGUCAAGACAUCUCUGUAUGGAGCUGCUUUUUGUACUAUAAUCUGUUCUUUGGUAAUACUAACGUUGGGCUUUGCCACACUAUAUGUCUGGUUGCGUGUCCGUCUUAUGUGUGGGAUUUACCAGAUUUUAGAGUUUAGUUAAAACUAGAAUGGGAUUCGUAUUCGGAGUUUUCGGACUCGAGAUUCUUGUUAAACUUAAAAUGUAAAGAACAAGCGUCAAUUGACAUCGUUUAUUGGGUCGUCAAAAAAAAAGAAGCUUAAGUUGUUGCACCAUUACAAAUGUUUAGCAUCUGGGAAUUUUG